AUGGACCAUCCAAUAGAUUCAAAUGUUUUGAAUAAACGUUUAUUUAUUGAAGCUGAAUUACCAUUUUUUAUGUUGGAUAUUAAAAAAUAUACAACUGAUACAAAAGGUGGUUCAAUAAUGAUUGCUCGUCAAUUAUUUAAUAAAUAUCAUUCAUCUCUACAUGAUAUAUAUUUGAAAGAAAAAACUGGGCGCCAAAUAUGCUCGAUUCGCUGUCGUUCAAUUGUUAUUGCUACACUUCUCUUUCUUCUAUUUGCUUUGGUAAUUGCUCUUUCAUUAGGACUUGUUUAUGGUCUGGCUAACAGGUACGAUGUUUCAACAUUAACAACAACAACAGCCAUGACAACAGCAACAACAACAACAACCACGACAACAACAACAACAACAACCACGACAACAACAACCACCACCACAACCACAACAACAACAACAACAACAACCACAACAACCACAACCACAACCACAACCACAACCACAACCACAACAACAACCACAACAACAACCACAACAACCACAACCACAACAACAACAACUACUACUACUACUACUACUACGACAAGCACUACCCCUCCAGCUACAGCUUGGAUUCCAAGUAAUUAUGGUACACCGUGUUCGAGCACAUGCAUAAAUGUAACUACAGUAACCCCAUCGACACUGAUUGCAUCAUGGACAUUCGAAGAAAAUACAAAAGAUGUAUCGAGUAAUGGAUAUGAUGGAAUCAUUGUAAAUGGAGCUGCAUUUUCGACAGGCUAUGUAGGUCAAGCACUUCUUCUUGUCGGUUCUUUAUCUCAGUAUGUUGUUGUACCAAAUAUUGAUUUUACUUCGAAAAGUUUCACAGUGGAAAUGUGGAUCUAUUUAUACACAUUGAACGUGUCGGAUGCAAACUUUUUUGGCGAGUGUCAAGAUCGUUCACUUGAUCGAUGUCUUCAUUACACCAUUCGCAACUACAAAGUAUACAUGGGCUUCUACGCGGACGACCUCUUCGGUGUAACAAAUCUUACUACUGGCCUUUGGUAUCAUAUAGCUUAUGUUUAUGAUGUUGUAGCCAAUAAUCAGUCAAUAUAUUUGGAUGGACUAUCAGAAGGAAGUAGGGUAGCCAUCUCAUCUUACAUUGGUCAAAAUGCUAAUGUUACCAUCGGCAAAACAGGAAUACCUGAGGGGUACUGGUUCGAUGGAUUGCUCGACCAAAUAACAGUUACGAAUCGAGCUAAAACAUCGUGCGAAAUUCUUAACGAUGCAUCACUUGUCGCUCAUUUUCCAUUUGACAGUUCUACUGUGGAUAUUGGACCCAAUACAAUUACUGGUACGACUACUGUACAAGAUAACAGUGGCAUUAGCUGGAUGACGGGUAAAGUUAAUCAAGCAAUCAGUUUCAAUAAAACAAACUCCUAUUUUCAGUCAUGUGGGUUUUGGGCUUUGGGUCAGAACCAAGCUUAUUCUAUUGCUUUAUGGAUUAAUCCAUCGUUUCCAGUUGGUACACUCGUUCACUUAUCGACAGCAGCUACAGGCUCAGGUAGCUGGUGUCUGCCAAUGAUUGGAUUCAGUUCAAAUGGAUCGAUUGUGAGUCAAACUUGGAACAAUAAUGCUUUUGCUGUAAUUGGACCUAUUCCGCCGAUAAAUGCAUGGACUCAUAUCGUGCAAACAUGGAGUGGGGUCAAUGGAUUACGAUUAUAUAUCAACGGAGGACUAUAUGGGUCGAAAACGGUCUCAAUGUUCGCAGCUGGAGGUACUUCAAUGUGUGUGUUCCUAGGCAAUAGUGGAUUAGGAACUAACUGCCAAACGGGCCAUAUUGUAAUGGGCGCGUAUUCAGGCGCAAUUGAUGAAUUUUAUGUCUAUAACCGCGAAUUGUCUGAAUCUGAAGUGUGUCCUCUUGCUCAUCCAUGA